UUCUAGGCUAUAACGAUGCAGAUGCAUUGGCCAUCACGACUGGUAAGCCAGUAGAAAUAGGCGGUAUAAAUGGUCGCACCGCCGCCACGGGACGUGGUCUAUUUAAGGCGGCUGAAUGUUUUAUUAUGGAUAAAGAUUGGAUGGAUUUAUUAGGCUGGAAGACUGGUUGGAAAGAUAAAACCGUGAUCGUACAAGGGUUUGGCAAUGUCGGUUCCCAUGCAUCCGUUUUUGUAGUGGAAGCCGGUGCCAAACUGAUCGGUGUUCAAGAAUUUGACGUGUCUCUAGUAAAUGAGAAUGGCAUAGAUCCAAAGGACUUAAUGGAGUAUUAUGCAAAAAAUAAUAAAUCAAUCAAGGGCUAUACCAAAGCCACCGAAAAAGAGGGCAGUUUGUUGGGUGAAAAAUGCGAUAUACUAAUGCCUUGCUCUACGCAAAAGGUUCUCACUGUCGAAAAUGCUAACAGUGUACAAGCCAAGAUGAUUUUAGAAGGCGCUAAUGGUCCUUCGACGCCAGCUGCCGAUGAAAUAUUACGUAAAAAGAAUGUACUCAUUAUACCGGAUUUGUUUUGCAAUGCUGGCGGUGUAACGGUAUCCUACUUUGAGUACUUAAAGAAUAUCAAUCAUGUAUCUUAUGGCAAAAUGAAUGUUAAACGCGAGAAAGCCAUAAUCAACGAGAUCUUUAACUCCAUGAAUGAGUGCGAGGUAAGUGAACUUUGACCACCGUGCAAAUAAGUUAAUUUGUUAAUAUGAAUUUUUUUAAUUUAUUUAUUUAGGAUAAGUUCAAGCCAAACAAACAGUUUAAGCUCAUAAGAGACUGUACGAAGGAGGCGGAUAUUGUAGACGCAGGACUACAAACAGUUAUGGAAACUGCGGGGGCAGGCAUUAAGAUUGUGGCCAAUGAAUUCGGUCUCUGCAAUGAUUUACGCACCGCUGCCUUUAUUUACUCGAUUUCUAAGAUUUUCCGAGCCUUAGAAAUGGAGGGCAUUUCUCAACAAUAAUUACAGAAUGCGUCUGAAGUCGCUUGGCGAUUAUUUAUUUUUACACAUUUUACAUUUAUAUAUUUAUAAGAUCCAAAGUGUAAUAUCCUUUUGUAUAUUUUUCUUCAAUUUUUAAAUAAAUAUUUCUUUACACAAACACAAACAAAAUGGCUUCUUGACAGCAACAGUUUUACAAUUAAAAAACAAAACCCCUACCCACUUACCUCUG